UUUCAACAGUAACUAUUGCGAGAGAGAGAGAGAGAGCAAUUCUGCUAUCAAACUACAGAACCUAUUACAUAUGGACUCCGAUCCCGAAUAUUUGGAAAAGACCGAUUCCUUGUUUGUUUGGGAUGAAAAAUCACAGCUUUACUUCCAUGCUAGUAGUGGAUUUUACCAUGACCCUAAUGCUGGCUGGUACUAUAGCAGCAGAGAUGGUGUUUAUUACAAAUUCGAGGACGGAAAUUAUGUACUUUUAGAUUCCAAUAAGGAUGAUUGUGGAGAAACAUAUCUGAACAAGGAAACUACACUGGAAAAUCCUCAACAAAUAUAUGGUAACAACAAUGAGGAUUACCCUUCCUUCCUUGAAAGUAAAUUUGAAACUCACCAACAGAUAGGUACCUUGGCUGAUGAAGCAGCCGAUGAUGCCAUGAAUUCCAUGAGCAGUCCAACUUGUGAAAACCCUCCUCCACCACCAUCGGAAUGGUUAGAGGACACACUUAUUGAUCUUUACCUAUCUGGCUACAACAACAUAGCAGUUAGUGCAGCAGAUACAGUGACAGUGCCCCAGGAAACAGAUGACGGAUAUAACUCUAAGUUUGCAGCUGACGCUUACAGCAAUACUUGUGAAGUGGAAGGUGAGUGGAUCCCUGACCCAGUGGAUGAAAAUGGCAUAGCUCAUAAAAGUACUGUAGAUGAAGGUAUAGCUUACAGCAAUACGUAUGAAGUGGAAGAAGGUGAGUGGAUCCCAGACCCAGAGGACGAAAAUGGCAUAGCUGAUAGAAGUACCAUAGAUGAAGGUAUGUCGUUGGAUGAAGAGAAAUGGCGUGCUCAGUAUGGUCAAGUAAUUGAAUCAGGGAAAGAUCUGGUUUCAGAGUUUCCAAUUAUGGACUUAUGGGAUUGGGAAAUGGUUAGAGGAUCCAAAAAAGAUGGAAAAGAUAAUGCGGCAAGGUUGGUUGGAAGACCGGUAAAACAAUAUGCCAAGCGACAUCCGUCUAUCGCUUCUUGUGGAGGGAAAUUAAGAUCUGCUCCUAUCUGUGAAGUACAUCUCAAUCUGGUACUAGUCAAAACAGGACUAGUAUACAAAUUGCGAAAUCCUAGUGCAAGAUAUGUUUCUUCAUUAUCAACUUAUGAUUCUGCCAAUCCAACAAAAGAUUGGGAUUUUCCUCAAUUAUCAUCUAAUAGAAAAAUUGCCCGUCCCUCUAAGUCCAGUGAAAGCAUUGCUUCAGCUUCAGAUGAAAUCCCUAUAGAGAAGGAUUUGUCUAUGGUGCCAAGUCAGCUCUCUGCAUCCAAGCAAAUAAAAUGUCAAUACAGAGAUAGGGCUGCUGAAAGAAGAAUCUUGCAUGGUGGCUUUGGAGUGGGUCCUGGACAAAAGAAUCUAGCAGUCAGUUAUAAUACGCCAUCAUCACCUUCUACUAGUUGUCCACAACAAGCUGCAUCAGAGGCCUUGGAGAUGUCAUUUGGAGCAGGUAGCUAUGCCAGAAAACUUCUAGAAAGCAUGGGUUGGAAAGAGGGGGAAGGGCUUGGCAGUUCCACCAAGGGCUUGGUGGAACCUAUUCAACCAAUUGGCAACAUUGGCAAUGCGGGUUUGGGAUGGAGACGUCGAAAUUCGCAAAACGAAUAAGCAAUCCAACUACAUAGUGUUCGCAGUUGUAGGAGUUUUAGGGGAUAUUUAAAGAGGCUUAGAGCAAUUUACAGCGGAGAUACUGAAUUCUAUUCCUAGAAAGUUAACCUUUUUCUUUUUUCUUACUUCCCUUGUAAUCAACCAUAUACCAUGACAAACUAUUACAUUGUAGCGCAAUCUGCAAUA